AUGCUGAUACCGGCCCAACUUGCCCUUUGGGCGCUGGCGUUGAUAGGCGUGUGGGCGCUGGUUUGGUGGAUGUACGAUAACCUCAAAUCGUUGGCACAAAUCUGUGUCGCGCUGCUGGCACCGUACUUUGCACCGGCCGAGCACAAAACACUGGUGGAACGGUUUGGAAAAUGGGCCGUAAUUACCGGAUCGACCGAUGGCAUCGGUAAGCAGUACGCUUUCCAGCUGGCUAGCCGUGGCCUCAACGUGGUGCUAGUCUCACGCUCCACCGACAAGUUGGCCACCGUGGCGCACGAAAUCGAGUCCAAGUACUCGGUGAAGACCAAAUGGAUAGCGGUCGACUUUAGCAGCGGACGUGAGAUUUACGAUCACCUGCGGAAGGAACUCGAUUCCGUCCCCGUUGGCAUUCUAGUCAACAACGUCGGCGCUAACGUGGACUAUCCGGACGAUCUUGACCACAUUCCCGAGGACAAGCUGUGGCAGCUGAUCAACAUCAACAUCGGUGCGGUGACGAUGCUCACGCGCACGGUGUUGCCGGGUAUGAAGAAACGUGGCCAGGGUGCGAUCGUUAACAUCUCGUCCGGUAGCGAACUGCAACCACUGCCCUACAUGACGGUAUAUGCGGCAACGAAGGCUUACAUCCACAACUUCACCCUCGCCAUGCAGCAAGAGCUGGAACCGUUCGGUAUCACCUGCCAGCUGGUGAGCCCAAUGUUUGUAACGACCAAGAUGAACAACUUCUCUACGACAAUAAUGGAGGGUGGACUGUUCAUCCCAAACGCAGAAAUGUACGCCAAGUUUGCCACAUUUACCCUCGGUAAAACGAAACAAACUACCGGCUACUGGUCGCACGGUAUACAGUACGGCGUCAUGAAGCUAGUCCCGGAGUGGGUCCGCACCGUGAUCGGUGGCAUAAUGAACAAGCAGUUUCGAAAGGAGUACUACGACCAGCAGAAGCCCACCAUACCCGCCCAGGCUAGCUAG